AUGAGAGAUAUAAUGGUCCUUGGAGGAUCUUCGCAUCCUCUACUUACAAAAGCCAUAUGCCGAAACUUGACGAUUGAGCCAGGCAAAGUUGACUCCCAUAAAUUCGCGAAUGGGGAGACGUCGAUUAUCGUGAAGGAUAGUGUUCGUGAAAAGGACGUCUUUAUUGUCCAAAGCGGUUGUGGACAUGUCAAUGACACUUUCAUUGAAUUGCUCAUUACUAUAUCCGCCUGCAAAACUGCAAGUGCGAAGAGAGUGACGGCGGUGUUGCCCUUAUUCCCAUACUCACGACAACCCGAUGUCCCCUUCAUGCCCAACAGCACGGGGGCACCCAGUGUUUCAACCACAAAAGAAAAGUACACCUUUGAAAGUGCCCCAAGUACUCCUCGACCAUUGUCAAAAGAUAGAGGCUAUUUUAGUCGAGUCAAUGAAGGGAACGAGAAUGCAGGUAAUGGUGUAAAGGAGAAUCCGAGAGUUGACACGUUGAAACUGGCACAAACUGCAAAAUAUACUCCUAAAUCGGUGAUUACCAAUUCUGCAGCGACCCACUUUUUGCCCCAAAUUGAUUCACAAGGAAAGACUGAUAGCGGAUACAAGCAAUGGAUUUCCCCUAAUGGAACUUUGAUUGCAAAUUUACUCACCACGGCCGGCGCAGACAGAGUAAUCACGAUGGACUUGCACGAUCCUCAGUUUCAAGGAUUUUUUAACAUCCCAGUUGAUAACUUGCAUUCAAGACCAUUAAUGAAACGUUACAUCAUCGACUACAUACCAAACUAUCGUGAUUGUGUGAUUGUUAGUCCAGAUUCUGGUGGUGCCAAGAGGGCUACUGCAAUUGCCGACUCUAUUGGGUGCACUUUUGCUCUCAUACACAAGGAAAGAAGAGCCAAGUUGCCAAAAGGUCCACCUCUGACCUCCUCAUCGUUGGGUAGUGAUCUCGCAAUUUCACAACCAGCGCAAGAUAAUUCUCCGCAAUCCCCAUAUCAUCAGGGCACCCCCAAAAUGGUUGCUACAACUAUGCUUGUUGGUGAUGUUAAAGACAAAGUGUGUGUUUUGAUUGACGAUUUGGUGGACACCUCAUAUACAAUUACAAGAGCUGCAAAGCUUCUCAAGGAUGAAGGGGCAAAGUAUGUGUAUGCUUUAGUCACGCACGGGAUUUUUAGUGGAGAUGCUGUUAAUAGGAUCAGGAUGAGUCAAAUAGACAAGGUUGUCACCACAAACUCUGUCCCACAAAGCAAUAAUGUGGCAAUUUUAAAAGACAAAAUUGAAGUGUUGGAUGUGAGCAGAAUAUUUGCCGAAGCGAUCAGAAGAAUUAAUAACGGAGAGAGUGUCAGCAUGUUGUUUGACCACGGAUGGUAA